GAGCAUUUUUUUUUUUCAAGAGAAAAGUAUUUCAAUCCAGCAAGCAAACCACAGCGCGAAAACAAGCAUCGUGCGCCGCUGGCUUUACUCUCGGCUUGUGUCGGCCCUUGAAAAGUGCACAGGGCCCUCCCUCUUAUCCAACUUCCGUAGUUUAUGAUCAUCUGUUACGCGUGCCGAUCAUGUUUGCGAUCGCUCGUUGUUUACAACUAUAGCACUGACAGUUUAUCGUAGUCUCGGAUCACGUUUUUUUACGACGCGAGGAAUAUUAAUGAUUGACGAGAACGUCACGCGCGCAACCGGGAGCGACAUGUCGUCGAAUAAUGCGUCUGACAAGCGAGGUUUUAUGACUUACGUUACUCGCGAGCAAACACGUUCCGAAUAAUUAUGGGCCAAGGGGAAAAGUUAAUCGCGUGGCCGACCGACGUGUGUAUGUCGCAAGGUAAAAGAAAGAAUACUGUCAACCUAGUCGCUUAACCUCGUGUGUUUCGCGAACAUUACGCUCGAGGUAACAAUUUGACAAUUUUUCGUGACUUUAUCGACCGUUAUUCGCUUUCAAGCACGUUACUGCCAAGAGGCGGCUCGUUGACGCGCCAUAGACAUUCGAAAAGAUCGGGUAAACAUGGAUAUCAUUAACAUAGACGACGUGGAGACUGGAAUGCGUUCUUCCAAGAGUUCGGCGAUACCGUUCAACUGUAUCAGCUCUAACUCGAUAUGCUACGUGGCGAUCACUAUCGCGACUCUGGCCUUCCUCGGCACGAUAGUCUUCGUUUGUCGGGACUACAUCAGAGUGCUCCUGUACUGGAUCGAGCAUCAGAAUGCCUGGAUCAUCAUCGUGAUCUUCGUAGCCCUGUUCACGGUGGUAUCGUUUCCAAUCGUGAUCGGUUAUCUAUUCCUCAUCGUCGCCAGCGGCUACCUGUUCGGCGUGGUGCGCGGCAUGACGAUUGUGAUACUAUCCGCCAAUCUCGGCAUAGCUAUAGCUCACGUUACCUUGGGCCUGCUCUCUACCAAGCUGCCCAUAGGCGCUCUCCUGCAGAGCGACACAGCCAGAGCAAUACUACGAGUUAUCUCUGGGCCUCAGGCUUUCAAGAUCGUGCUGUUUGCGCGACUGACGCCCAUUCCCUUUGGUCUUCAGAAUACCAUUUUUGCGGUCAGUAACAUAGGUGGUUUUCAUUACCACAUAGCCAGUGCGAUAGGCUUACUGCCUGCUCAGCUGGUUAACGUCUACCUUGGCAGCAGUUUGAGAUCCAUGCAGGAUGUGUUAGAAGAUAGAUCCACAGCAGCAACUGGCUACAUAGUCUUUUGCUUUCAGAUAUUAAUCGGAGUCUCAUUAAUGGUAUAUAUUGUACAGAAGGCACGGAAGGAGCUGCAGUUGACGCUAUUCGAGGCUGAUCUCGCCUCCAUGUCCAAUUCCCCUCAUUAUCUCAUCGAUGGUCUACCAGAUUCCAAGUUGAUAUUAACAAACUUAAUAGCGUAAUAGCUGUCGAACGUUUAAGCAAUACGACGGCUGCUCGAGAAUUCGUUAUAAGCUGAUAUUUUUUUCUUUCCGAUAUAUCUUACUAUUCGUAUUAUUAUUUUUUAAUCUUAUAUAAGCUUCUUCUCUCUAAUACUUCCAGAAAUAAGAUUAUUUCGCUAACUUAUUGGUGGUGCUUCUGAGAAUCUAGGCUUUCGAAUGUGAUAUGUACAACAAUCUCAUAUCAGAGAUAACACAUAUGUCUUACCAAAGUUAAACAUACUUUAAAAACAGAAAAAAUAGAAAAAAAAGAGGUAAUAGAAAUCACACUGGAUAUAGUGCACGUUAUUGUGAAAGAAUGCAUGUAUAUUUUGGUAAAAAAUGGUGGAUGAGACAAGGAGACGGAUCAGUAUACAGCUUCUUUGCAAAAAAGAAUUAUAUAAUUAAUAAUAAUAAUUUAUGUGUAUAUUAAUAAUAGAGAGACUGAGAAUUUACAUUUAUACUCUUUACAUGUUACCGAUUAUUUGACCUUCCGUUUUGAAUGUAAUCGUUGUCAAUAUCGAAUGGUAACGAUGUUUAAUGCAUUUGUCCGUCUCUUCUCGUGUGUGUAUAUAUCAUAUACGUUUUAUAUAUUAUCUAUUGUAAAGAGAAUUUUAACUGUGUACGAUAAUCUUGAAGAUGCAUUUCUCGAUAAUGGUGAUAAAUAAAAUUUGGCCUUCCAACCGAA